AUAGCAUUAAUUCAUCGUUUGAUCAAACCCACCUUCAAUCACAACCAUUCACCAUGUCGGAUGAUCAAUCAAGACCCAUAACCCAGAAACCCAAUGAAACAUCUCCAACCUCUCGGCACUCCAUUAUGCUCUUAACAACAUCAGCAAUUGGUGCUGCACUCUUGUUCCUGUCCGGGUUAACCUUAACCGGGACAGUGAUAUCCCUGGUCAUCGCUACUCCGGUUUUGAUCUUGUUCAGUCCAAUACUAUUCCCAACUGGGAUAAUAAUAUUCUUGGCCACCGCCGGAUUCUUGUUUUCCGGUGGCUGCGGCGUGGCGGCAGCUGCGGCAUUGGCGUGGUUGUACAAUUACAUUGCGGGAAAACGGCGGUGUGGGGCGGUGGCGGAGCAACUCGAUUAUGCGAGGAUGAGGAUUGCUAGCAGGGCUAGGGAUAUGAGGGAGAGGGCUAGAGAAUAUGGUCAGAAAGUGCAGCAGAACAAAGCUCAGAGUCAAGAGGUUAAUCAGGGGUCAGAAUCGAAAGAUGGUGGCGGCGGCGGUGGCGGUGGCGGUGGUGGUGGUGGUGAUGGUGAUGGUGUUGAUGGUGGCAGCGGCGGCGGCAAUGGCGUUGAUGGUGGUGGCAGCGGUGGUGGCGGCAAUGGUGGUGAUGGUGGCGGUGCCGGUGACGGUGGUGGUGGAGAUAGCUGA